AGGGGGCAGCGCUUGGUCCUGCUGGUGGCUUGUUGGGCCCAGCCGGGGAUCCUGCCCACGGGUGGGGGGCGGAGGCCGAUGCAGCGACUGACUGGCUCUGGGUCUGUCCCUGGUCCCUGCAGAGGUACGUCUGGUUUAACAUCGGCAGCGUCGACACGUUUGAGCGGAACCUGGAGACCGCCCAGCUGGAGCUGGGAAUGGAAGGCUCCCAGCAGGUGGCAGUGUUUUACACCAGGGAGAGUGACGGCACAUUCCUCAUGAGCAUGGUGCCCAUUCUGCUGCUGGUUGGCUUCCUUCUGUUCACUCUGAGACGCGGGCCAAUGGGAGCCGGGCGCGGAGGACGAGGGGGCGGGCUCUUCAGCGUUGGCAAGACGACGGCCAAGAUCCUGAAAGACAACAUUGACGUGCAGUUCCGAGACGUGGCCGGCUGCGAGGAAGCCAAGCUGGAGAUCAUGGAGUUCGUGAACUUCCUGAAGAACCCCAAACAAUACCAAGACCUGGGCGCCAAGAUCCCAAAGGGCGCUGUGCUCACGGGCCCGCCGGGCACCGGGAAAACCCUCCUGGCCAAAGCGACGGCGGGAGAAGCCAAUAUUCCCUUCAUCACGGUGAAUGGCUCGGAGUUCCUGGAGAUGUUUGUGGGCGUGGGGCCCUCCCGGGUUCGGGACAUGUUUGCCUUGGCCCGCAAACACGCCCCCUGCAUCCUGUUCAUCGAUGAGAUCGACGCCGUCGGCCGGAAGCGGGGCCAGGGGAACUUCGGGGGGCAGAGCGAGCAGGAGAACACCCUGAACCAGCUGCUGGUCGAAAUGGACGGGUUCAACUCCAGCACCAACGUGGUGGUGCUCGCAGGAACAAAUCGCCCAGACAUUCUGGACCCUGCGCUGCUGAGACCGGGGCGCUUUGACCGUCAGAUUUACAUCGGUCCGCCUGAUAUCAAAGGCAGAGCAUCCAUCUUUAAGGUCCACCUCCGGCCCCUGAAACUGGAGGAAAGCAUCAGCAGAGAUGCCCUGGCUAGGAAAUUGGCUGCAUGGACUCCAGGAUUCACUGGUGCUGACAUCUCCAACGUCUGCAAUGAGGCUGCCUUGAUUGCUGCUCGCCACUUGAAGCCCUCUAUCACCGAGAAGCACUUUGAGCAGGCCAUCGAGAGAGUCAUCGGGGGUCUCGAGAAGAAGACCCAGGUUCUGCAGCCGAACGAGAGGACCACGGUGGCCUAUCACGAAGCUGGGCAUGCUGUGGUGGGAUGGUUCCUGGAGCACGCUGAUCCGCUGCUGAAGGUGUCGAUCAUCCCCAGGGGCAAGGGGUUGGGCUACGCACAGUACCUGCCCAAGGAGCAGUACCUGUACACCAAGGAGCAGCUGUUCGAUCGCAUGUGCAUGAUGCUGGGCGGCAGGGUAGCUGAGCAGCUGUUCUUUGGGCGCAUCACCACGGGCGCUCAGGACGACUUGAAGAAGGUGACGCAGAGCGCCUACGCCCAGAUCGUCCAGUUUGGGAUGAGUGACAAGCUGGGCCAGGUCUCCUUCGACUUCCUGUGGCAGGGUGAGCCGCUCACAGAGAAACCAUACAGCGAGGCGACAGCCCAGCUGAUAGACGAGGAGGUCCGAAGCCUCAUCAACUCUGCAUACGAAAGAACCCGGGAGCUACUGACGCGGUGUCGCGACCAGGUGGAGAAAGUAGGAAAGCGUCUCUUGGAGAAAGAAGUGCUGGAGAAAGCGGACAUGGUUGAAUUGCUGGGCCCCAGGCCCUUUGCAGAGAAAUCCACCUAUGAAGCGUUUGUAGAGGGCACCGGGAGCUUGGACGAAGACACCUCCCUCCCAGAGAGCCUGAAGGACUGGAACUGCGAGAGAGAUGAGGAGAGAGCGCAGGAGAGCACCUCCUAGCAGUGAGAGCCAGCUGGGGAGGACGGUGCCCGAGCUGCUGCCAGCCCUUGCCGCUGGGUGGGCGCUGGUCCCCAGGGACCCUUUCUGUGUGCAUCUCCCGGUGGUAAUGCCGACACCGGACAGAGCCGUCCAGGAGGCCGGAGCAGGAGCGAGGCUAAGUCUGUAAAUAGGAACAGCA